AUGGAGGAUACCCUAGUGACACUUGGCAAGUUUGGUAUGUUUGUCUCGGUGCUCUGGUUGGACUCGAAGAAGAUUGGCGAGGGCACCUAUGGCUCCGUGGCCAUUGGGGUGCACCAGCUGACCAACGUGGAGCGCGCCAUCAAGACCAUGUCUAAGGGCAACAUUAAGCAUGUCCAGCGCUUCAUGCAGGAGAUCGCCAUUAUGAAGUCCAUGGACCAUCCCAACAUCAUCAAGCUGUUCGAGACCUUUGAGGACCGGAAGCAGAUCUUUCUUGUCAUGGAGCUCUGCCAAGGAGGUGAGCUCUUCGACCGCAUCAUCGAGGCGGGGCACUUCACCGAGAAGGACUGCGCCAUCGUGGUGCAGCAGAUGAUUUCUGCCGUUCUGUACAUGCACACGAGUGGCGUCUGCCACCGGGACCUAAAGCCCGAGAAUUUCCUGUUCUUGACAAAAGGCCCCAUCGACAAGAAUGUGCUGAAGAUCAUCGACUUCGGUCUCUCCAAAGCCUUCGAGCAGGAUGUGCACAUGACCACGAAGGCUGGCACUCCGUACUACGUGGCGCCCCAAGUGCUACAGGGCCGGUACGACAAGUCCUGCGACAUUUGGAGCUGCGGUGUCAUCAUGUACACGAUGUUGUGUGGAUAUCCACCUUUCUAUGGCAAGACAGAUCAGGAGGUCCUGAGCAAAGUCAGAAAAGGCCUCUACACUUUUGAUUCCAAAGACUGGAAGUAUGUGUCGGAGGAUGCCAAGAAACUGAUCUCUCACCUCAUCAAGCUCGACCCAGAGUUCAGAUACACGGCCCAACAGGCGCUCGCAGACCCCUGGAUUGUGCAAAGAGCGCCGCAAGCAGCCGACGUGUCGCUGCAGGGUGAUCAGCUCUCGAACCUCCGCAGCUUCAGGUCACAGAACCGGCUGAAGAAGGCCGCCCUGAAUAUCAUCGCAGGACAGAUGAACGAGUCCCAGAUCUCUGACUUGAGGGAUGUUUUUAAAGCCUUGGACAAGAAUGGCGAUGGCUUCCUGACACUGGAGGAGCUACAGGAUGGCAUCACCAGGACAGACCUGAAGCACAAGGAUAUUGACCUCGCAGCCAUCAUGGAAGGCGUGGACGCGGACGGCAGUGGGCAGAUUGACUACACUGAGUUCCUGGCGGCCACGCUCGACAAGAGGCUGUACCUGCAGCGCGACGCAUGCUGGGCGGCCUUCAGCGUCUUCGACCAGGAUGGCAACGGCCUCAUCACCGUUGAUGAGCUGAAGCAAAUUUUGGAGGAUGGCAGCAUGGAGGACGUGCUCGACGGCAGGACCUCCGAGGAUCUGCUGCAAGAGAUUGACAAGAACGGUGAUGGAUCGAUUGACUUCGAAGAGUUUAUGGACAUGAUGGAGCAGCUUGGCAGACAUGGGGUAAGUAAGGCAACCCUAAACUUUAACCCUAAACCCUAA